AUGCAUAAGCGAUGCAGCCGUUCCUUUCUGACAAGUCAACCGUUAUGUAAUAGUCAGCCAAAGCAAGAGAUAGCCAACAAGUCAAACAAGGGCGAUGUAGUUCGUCUGCUUAAACUAGCCAAACCAGAAUCAAAAAAUAUAGCUGCUGCAACUGGUCUUUUGGCUGUGUCUUCGGCUAUUACUAUGUCAGUACCAUUCUCUAUGGGCAAAAUCAUUGAUAUUGUUACAAAUCCAACUAUAGACAGCUACAUGGGGUUAACCAUGCCUGAGUUUGCAGGAGUCUUAUCAGUGGUAUUUACUGUUGGUGCAGCAGCAAACGCUGGUCGAGUUUUAUUGUUUAGAACAUCAGGAGAAAGAAUCAUUCAAAGACUGCGCAAUGACCUUUACAAGACAAUUUUAAAGCAGGAUAUGUCAUUUUUCGAUAAAAAUCGGACCGGCGAGUUAAUAUCGCGAUUAUCUACAGAUACGGCUAUUGUUGGAAAAAGUCUAACAAAUAACGUGAGCGACGGUUUAAGGGCCUUGGCUACCGCUACUGUAGGCUCCACCAUGAUGGUGAUUAUUAGUCCAAAGCUAACAAGCAUAAUGAUGCUAAUUGUACCUCCUGUUGCUGCUUUUGGUAUUAUCUACGGCCGUUAUGUCAAAUCGCUAUCUAGACAAACACAAACAGCACUUAGUGAGAUUACAAAGGUGGGAGAAGAACGUCUUAGCAAUGUUCGUACGGUUCAAGCAUUUGCUAAAGAGGACGUUGAAGAAAAGCGAUAUGCUCUUCGUGUAGAGGAUGUCUAUCAAUUAGCGAAAAAAGAGGCUAUAGCUAGUGGUGCAUUCUUUGGCGGUGCAGGAUUGUCGGGUAAUCUUGCUGUGCUAGCUGUAUUAUGGUAUGGUGGCCAAAUGGUAAUGCAAAACACAAUCACUAUUGGCGAAUUGACAUCCUUUAUGCUUUACACUGCCUAUGUUGGCACAGCUUUGGGCGGUAUGACUCAGUUUUAUUCCGAGUUUAUGAAGGGUGUAGGUGCAUCAGAUCGUAUAUUUAAUCUUUUACAACGCAAGAGUUCUAUUUCAACUGAUGGAGGAAGGUUAUUAUCCGACCUAAAAGGGAGAAUCAUAUUUAAAGAUAUUGACUUUGCUUAUCCUACUCGUCGUCAGUCACCUAUUUUCAAAAACUUCUCUCUCACAGUUGAGCCUGGUACUGUAAUUGCCAUCGUUGGUCCUUCAGGAACAGGUAAAUCGACAAUUGGAUCUCUUUUACUUCGUUACUAUGACCCUGUUGCUGGAAAUAUCUAUAUUGAUGAUACAAAUAUCAAGGACAUCAAUCUGCGUUGGUGGCGAGAGCAAGUCGGCGUCGUUUCACAAGAGCCUACACUAUUUGCAGGCACUAUUGCUGAAAAUAUUGCUUAUGGGCGCGAAAAUGCUACCAUGGAAGAAAUCAUGGAGGCUGCUACUAAAGCCAACUGUGCUACAUUUAUCAACAGCUUUCAUGAUGGGUAUAAUACACUAGUAGGUGAGCGAGGUGUCAGUUUGAGCGGCGGACAGAAGCAACGUAUUGCAAUUGCUCGAGCUUUACUCAAGAAUCCCAAGAUACUGAUAUUAGACGAAGCAACGAGUGCGCUUGAUUCUGAAUCAGAGGUCUUGGUUCAAGAGGCUUUGAAUCGCUUGAUGCAUGGUCGCACUGUGUUUACAAUUGCUCAUCGUCUUUCCACUAUUCGCUCUGCUGAUAUAGUUGCAUGCUUAAGUGAUGGCAAGGUUGCUGAGCUUGGUACUUAUCAGGAUCUUUUAAGUCGCGAGAAUGGUGUUUUCCGCAAUUUAGUAGAGCUACAGUCUUUAAGAGGAGAAAGCGAGAAUAACCAUCGAUAA